GUGAGAGUCUCGCCACGAGUCCAAUAUGCGCCUUCAAACCCGCCGCCUUCUCACGAAGCGUGGAUUGGCUUCACUUGUGACAUCUUCCGCCCUGACAUUGUAGGCCUCAGGCUGCAACGCACUCGAGCAUCCGCGACCCUCGGCAUUUGUUCCGUUACUUCCUAUUACCACCAUGGCGGACGGCGCGCCUCCCGAAGGCCUUGCGACAAGCUCGCAGAUACAUCCCCUUCUUCGCCAGAGGAUGUUGAAUCGCGCCCCUACAUUCUCAGAAGGCGCACAUUCUAUUCCACCCCUUCGCCGGCGCAGCUCAGUGCUCUCUGAAUACUCGGACACGCGACACUCCUUUCGCUCUUCUACUGACAAUCUUCUUCGACCUGGAGGACACAAUAUGGAUACAUUGACUUCUUCGGAUGAGCCCUCGGUCUGGCAUUCAGUUCCGCUCGCUUUCGCGAUUCUUCCCGCCGUUGGUGGCUUGCUCUUUCAAAACGGAAGCUCGGUUGUGACGGAUAUUCUGCUGCUAGCCUUUGGGUCCAUGUUCCUUAAUUGGUGUGUGAGAGCGCCUUGGGAUUGGUACCACGCUGCCCAACAAGUCCAGUAUGCCGAGACUGAGUCGUCACAAUCCAACGACACGAUAUUCGAGGAAGAUGAAGACGGCGAGGAAACCCAAGUUGAUGAUGAUCGAACACCACCAGAACCCCCACCAUCCGAAGGGGCCACGAAACCGGAACAGUGCAGUGCACAACCCACGAUGACAGAACAGAGCGCGGCUCAGCGUGAGCUAGGAAGAGAAGAAAUCAUGGCGUUGAUCGCAUGCUUCAUAGGCCCGAUUUUGGGAGCGUACCUUCUCCACACAAUACGGUCGCAGCUCACGCGACCUUCCGAAGGGUUGGUGUCCAACUAUAAUCUUACCAUCUUCGUUAUGGCAGCAGAGCUCCGUCCUGUCUCACAUAUAAUCAAGCUCAAACAAGCACGGAUGGUCCAUCUACAGCGCAUAGCCAGGCCAGAUGUUGACCCCAAGGACAGACUGACCGUGGGCGAUGCUCAGGAGAUAUCAAAACGUCUAGCAGAUGUUGAGGCACAGUUAACAGAGCCGAUUAAUAACAGCGACACGCAGAUAACAAAGAUCAGUGCCACUGUGCGGCAAGGUUUGCAGCCGCAGCUAGAUGCCCUCAAUCGCGCUGUCCGACGAUAUGAGAAACGCCAAGCGGCUCAGUCUAUUCAAAUCGAGGCCCGCUUUGCUGACCUGGAGAUACGCCUGAAGGAUGCCCUUUCCCUAGCUGCAGCGGCUGCGAGAACAGGACAAAAGCCUGGCGUGGUUUCUAUGGUCCUGACCUGGAUCACCAGCCUGGUGAUGUACUGGAUUCAAACGACCUGGGCCGUUUUGACAUAUCCUUUCAAAGUUGUGGCGGCCGUCGCCCUUGAGAUUAAGUCUCGAUUCUUCAGGGCCGGGCGUCAGCCCAGAAAGCGAGUCAAAGCUCCAAACAAUGGCCAUUCUUCAAUGCCGACACCUCGGAUGCAGUCGAGAAGUGGAAAAUGACUAUUUCUAUUCCUAUCUGACUACAACCAUGUCUUAUUCCACCAUCUUCGUGAGGUCUCUAUGUUCUCCGAUGUCGGCGCUGGUGUUUCCGGCGUUGCAUCGCCCAUCCAUCUUCUUCAAAGUUCAACUCUUCGAGAUCUGAUAGAGUUGCAACGCUUAGAUACCCCAUGUUCAAUUCCAUUCGGUUGUUACGUUUUAGGCAAACCGGGAUUACUUACCCCGUUUCUGAUAGCUGCCCAGGUGACGUUCCCUCGGGCAGAGUCAGU